CCCUAAAGUGCCCCCACCACCUCCGCCACAAGCGGCAUCCGUUACUCGUUACUUUCAAAAUCCGCAGUAUAAUACGCCGUUGUGAGUGUGUAUUUCAAUAAAUUGUGAAGUUUUGUUUGUAAUCUUUCGUUAAUUAAAUUCCCCCGCUAGUACAAGUGCAUUUGAGGAGAGACCGGAUAAUUGGAGGCAGAAGAUGUCGAAUUCAAUCUACUACUCAGACAAAUACUACGACGACGAGUACGAGUACAGGCACGUGGUAUUACCCAAAGAUCUUGAGAAGAGAGUGCCAAAGACUCACCUGAUGUCCGAACAAGAGUGGAGAGAACUGGGGGUACAACAGAGCAAAGGAUGGGUCCAUUACAUGACUCACCAGCCAGAGCCUCACAUCCUCCUCUUUAAGAGAAAAAUCACGACACCACCACCAGAGAAAUGAAGCUGAGAAUGAGAACGAUUCAGAGUAAUUUAAUCUAACGAUUAAUUAAUUUUUAAGAUUGUCGGUUACUGAGGGGGAGCUCAUCGGCAUGUAUACGUUAAAACGUCCUCACCAACAUAUGUAUAGAUUAUGAUUAGCAGUAGUUCUAUGAGAUUAUAUUGAUUUGUCACUAGCACUAAGCAUCAUUAAUUUUGUUUUUUGUAAUUGAUUGAUUCAAUUUCUGUCUUUAUUCGCCACUCAAGAGCGAUGGAUACAAUAUUAUUUAAUUAAUCUACUCAGAAAAACACUUCGUGGGCUCUUCCCUUCACUCAGGAUAAUCUUAUUCCAUCGAUGAUUCCGUAGAUUAAGUGUGUACAUAAUUUGAUGAUCGUACAUUGUAAAAAGAAAUGUCUGUAAAAGUUCUGAUUUUUUUAAAAUUCAAAUGAAGUUAUCCAGUUAUUUCGGGAAAUCA